AUGCGCAGAGAUGCAGGAGAGGAGGUUCCAGCUGUGGGAGUUUUCCUAGGUGUGGCACCGCUGGCAAUGCACAACACCUGUGAGGAGAGACCCUGUGGGCUUCCAACAGAGGAGAAAGCAAAGGAGGAUAACAAGACACCGAUAGUCGUGAUUAAUAAUCAGGUGAUUGCUGACUCAAUAUGCACCCAAGUCAAUAUGCUGGCGCCAGCACUGUGGAUUUGCAUCGAAGUUUUGUUUUGGAGUUCAGUAAUCGCGCAGCAGGUGGACACAGAGGCGGGUCUCACGGCACAGGAACAAGUUCUCCUUCUGUAUGACAUCAAACUCCAGUGUUUGCAGAACAUCUCUGAGCAUGACCUUGCAGAUGAAGUGUGUGGACCUGGAUGGGACGGACUUAUCUGUUGGCCUCAGGGCUCAUUAGGGACUGUCACCAAAGUGCCGUGCCCAAGCUAUGUCUAUGACUUCAAUCACAAAGGCUACGCUUACCGUCAGUGCGAUCUGAAUGGGUCCUGGGUCUUGAUUGAGAACAGAACCUGGGUAAAUUACUCGGAAUGCCUGUGGUUUCUGACCCCAGGCAAGACGGGCAAGAGGGACUUUUUUGAGAGACUACACAUCAUGUACACUGUCGGCUAUGCUGUGUCCUUCAGUUCCUUACUGGUAGCCAUUUUUAUCAUCGGCUAUUUCAGGCGCCUGCACUGCACCAGGAACUUCAUCCACAUGCACCUGUUUGUGUCCUUCAUGCUGCGAGCUGUGAGCAUCUUCGUGAAGGACCGCACUGUGCACGGCAACGGCAGCUCACAGCAGUAUGACGCCGUCCUCAUGGAUGACCUCAGCACCGUGGCCAUCGACCUGCCAGACAGCACUCAGUAUGUCGGAUGUAAGAUCACAGUGCUGCUCUUCAUCUAUUUCCUGGCCACCAACUAUUACUGGAUCCUGGUGGAGGGUCUGUACCUACAUAGCCUCAUCUUCAUGACCUUCUUGUCUGACUCCAAGUACCUCUGGGGCUUCACGCUUAUAGGAUGGGGUGUUCCUGCUCUCUUUGUGUCUGCAUGGGCUGUCGUCAGGGCAACGCUAGCAGAUGCGCGGUGCUGGGAGCUAAGUGCAGGUCCUAUUAAGUGGAUAUACCAGGUGCCCAUUCUCACUGCUAUUGGACUCAACUUCAUUUUGUUUGUUAAUAUUGUUCGAGUUCUGGCAACAAAGAUCCGAGAGACUAAUGCUGGAAGAUAUGACACCCGCAAGCAGUACAGGAAACUAGCCAAGUCCACGCUGGUGUUGGUGCUGGUGUUUGGGGUGCACUACGUUGUGUUUGUGGGACUGCCACACACCUUCACUGGUUUGGGUUGGGAACUGCGCAUGUACUGCGAGCUCUUCUUCAAUUCUUUUCAGGGCUUUUUUGUGUCCAUCAUCUACUGCUACUGCAAUGGAGAGGUCCAGACAGAGAUGCAUAAGACCUGGCAGCGAUGGCCAUUGGCGUUAGACUGGAAGGGUCCGGUCGUGCUAGCCAACUACCGCUAUGGCUCCGUGCUGACCAGCCUGAACAGCAGCGGCAGCACCCACAGCCAGGUGCCCGCUGGUGCCCGCCCCCGGACCCUGCCCUCCCGGGGCCGGGUGCUCCGCUCGGCCGGUCAAAACAGCCGUGCGCCUGCCCCCUUGUUGCACGGCCACGCCCCUCUGCCUGGCUACAUCUUCAGCAGUUCAGAUGGCGAGAGCCUGCCACCGUCCAUCCCUGAGGAGCCCGAGGAACAGAGUGAGCACGUGGGCGAGAACAUGGGCGAGCACGUGGGCGAGCACGUGGGCAUCUCUGAGCUUGGGGGCAGUAGUAAAGCCGUCGACGACACGGCACCUAAAGGAGGAGCCAGAGCCGCUGAUGGCACUUCCAAGAGAGACAUGGCGUCGAUGAGAGAUGAUGUCGCGGAUGUCAGUUCGGGAGGCAGGGCCGAGUGUGUGGCUGAGAGUCGGAGGCUUGUCGGUGAAGAUGUCACUUUCAGAGGAAGUGCCAAGGGCACUGAUGACAUCAUCUUGAAGGAUUAUGUGACUGUGAGGUUUAGCAGUUUACAUCAGGAGGAGGAGUAGGAGGUAUAGACAGAAACGUCACAGUCAGGUCGGAUAUCUCUAGGAAACUGCUCCUAGAGUCCUGAGAAAUGUGAUACUCUUGAUCCCUGGAGAGGAAACAAAAUACACCCACUGAACUAUGUCAAGUGUCAAGAUAUUUGUAAUGUAAAUCAUGAAAGUUCUCAUAAAUUUGGAGGCCUUUGGAGGCUUACAUUCUUUCCAAAAUUAAAAGAACUAACUUUCUCACCAAUAACCCCUGGAACAAAGUUGCACAAACACCCUAAGGAUUACCGCGGAGAAGCAAAGUGAAGCAUUGCUUUGCAUCCGUAAGUCCCUCCUGGUGCUGGAAUCCCCAAAAGCAAGCUGAUCUUGGCACAUGGACGCCAUUACAUCAUACUGAUAACUACUAAUAGUGAAACUGCCAUGUCAGGUGAUUCCUGUUCACAUUAACAGUCAUUUUAAUUACUGUACCAGUAGGUUGUUGUUUGUGAAUUUCUGUAAGCAAGUAUAAAAAGUAUACUAUGUAAUUGAUUGUAAUCACUAUUUUUGUAAUGCUGAAUG